AUGGAGGAGGGUGGCAACAUAUCUCAUUUCCUUGGAAUCAAGAUCUCCAGAGAUCAUGAAGCAAAGACUAUGGACCUCAAGCAAACCAGCUACAUCAAGCAACUAUUGGGCAAACACUUAGAUAAGCAUAGGAGAAAGUCUAGUGUACUGCUUCAAGACAUCCCAGUUCCAGAAAUGGCAGCAAGCAUGGCAGAGCAGAAGGAAUAUCCACAGAUUGUCAGCAAGCUUCUGUGGCUCUCAAAUGGAACACACCCAGAUAUCAGCCAGGCCAUGGGCAUCCUUGCUUGCUACAUGACACAGCCAUCAAAGGAGCAUUACAACAUAGUGCAGAAAGUACUCCAAUACUUGGACUGCACACAGGACAUUCAUUUGCAAUACAGUGGUGACAAGCAACAAGAUUUCCUAACAGCACAUAGCAACACAAAUUGGGCAAGCAAUGCUACAGCACAAUGUAAAAGCACAUCUGGCUCAGCAGUGUUUGUGCAUGGAAACCUGGUAGCAUGGAAGUCAGCACUACAGCAAUGCACUGCCUUAUCAGUGGUGGAAGCAGAAUUCAUGGCAGCAACAGAAGCCACAUGA